GCAAGUUAAGAGAUUGGGAAACUAGCGACAUCAUCUUGUUUACAUCGCAGUUUGCUUCGUUUGCAAGACGAUCGCACCAUAGUUUCGAACGAAAUAUUUAAUGGUUUCGCUUUACUAAUGAUGAUUAUCGUGAGUGAAAAUUAAGCAUAGUGCAACUCAGUUGAGAGAAGAUUUUUUUCAGUCAGUAUCACUAUAUUAUCAUCAUGACUGCUUAUACUAAGGAAUUCGAAAAGUGGCUUAGUACGGCCAAGAAUGAAACAGACAUGGAAGAUGAUGAGGAAGAUGAGGAUCCUCAAAACAGCCACCAGUUUCAUGAUAAUGAAAAUGAUGAUGGAGAUACAACUGGAGAAGACAGUUCCCAGGGCAGCUUUGUGGAACUGAAGACAGCAGAAAUUGUUGUUCCUUGUGAGAAGGCCCCAAUAUUGGUGGAUGAUGAUGAUUUGUCUGACAAUGACAAUCAAUUUGAGGAUGAACCACCAAUACUUGAGCCUGUACAGAAGCAGCCAGCUAGUAGGCGGAUUAGUAAGACUGGGGAUGGGAAGCACUCUGGUCCGAUGCGCAACUAUAGCAGGAACAACCAAACUUACUCUAGACAAAGGUCAUUGCAGGAGCACCAAAGCUUAGCUAAAUCAGACAGUAAAGAAAAACUGAAACCAACUCUGUCUGAUGACUAUGAGAAGAGGCAGCGUAAAAGCUCUGUAAAGUCUAAGGAAAGUAAAGAAAGUGGUAAUAUAUUUGAUAAGUUUAUGUCAGAACAGUAUGACAGCCCUCCUCCCCUCAUCCCAAGCCCUGAAGCAUUACGUCUCACUUCUGAAGUACAGGUUUCAGAAACAAAGAAUCAAGGAAGUCCAGAUUUUUGUGCCAUGGAGGCAGAUUCAACUUCUGAAAUCAUCAGCGACAGCUGUGUAUCUCACUCACAACCCAAAAAUUAUGGCGACCUUCUAGAAUGUGAUAGCACCUGCAUGCUAGGGGCAUCACCUGUCACAGUGUCACCUGCUUCUGUAUCAAAUAUAGAAUGUGAAGAAGUGAGAGACUCAGGUGGGGGUAUAUGCAACGAUGGUAGUGUUGAUACUGCUAAAAUGGCCACAGGUGAAGAUAACAUUGCCAAAUCUCUCUGUGCUCCAGCUAAUGACAAGUUGUCCUCUGGUGUUAAAAGUUUUUAUCCUGACCAGUCUCCUGGCAUCACCCCAACAUUCCACAAAGAGGUAAACAUUGACAUUGAUAACCUUGAGCCUCCAACCCUGACUGUCAUCUCUCCACUUCUCAGUUCGCCAAUAGUUUCUCGUAGAAAAAGACAUACAAUAGACACCCCAGAAACAUAUUCAAGAAUGUCGAAGAGACGCACAUUAAAUUCCCCAACUUUGGAACAAGAAGACAUUUCUUCCCCACCGUUGCUCAAAAAUUCAAAAGAGUUGACGGCCCCUAUUUCACAGCUUGAGAAAAAGACACAGGCUGAGAGAAGCAGCCAUUACCCAAAGAGACAGAGGUGUCACACUGUGCCAUCAGAUCACCCUCACCACCUAGAGAGCUUAGACACAUUUGUAGCCAACACAUUGAAGUUGUCCACACUGCAGACACGCAUGCACGCACUUCUCAAACAGCUUUUCCCACAGAUCAGGCAGGAGCUUGACUCCAUCAGCCCAGAGUCACUCGGCUUCACUGACCUGAUGCAUGAACUGGUCCUGUCUCUGCAGCACACACACAAACCUCCACUGCCAGAAAGUCUGGCUCCGACACCAUGUAAAGACACACCACCAGAGGACAGCUCUCAAAGACUAUCGUCACCGCCUGGCAGUUUCAAGGCAGCCUCGUCAGAUGCUUGUGACGAGUUGAUGAGAAACUCUCACCGCUCUUAUACGUCCUCCAAGGCCAACUGUGAUAGCAAGCAGCGGAAAGGUGGGUGUCACACCACACAUAAAAAACACAACACAGACGAGCCAGCUGGUGGGGAUUUAGGAAUCUCCAAGUUGUCCCUCAAAGAUCAACUGGAGAGCAUCAGGCCAGCCCAAGUCAUUCUGUCCAGGGACCCCGCAUCAGUGCAGUUGGAUAAGUUCAUUCAAAUUUCUUGUAAGGCUCUGCAGCUGUUGUUGCCAGAUGUGGCAGUGAGUUUGAAGAAUGAGCUGGCCUUCUCCCCACAAGACCUCCUGGUUUUUAUAGACAAUGUCAUUUUAUUUAACUCCAGGAAAAGACUUUAGCCAACCUAUGUCGGAUAUGUUUUUUCAGUUAUAUAAUAACCACUUUGAGUGAGCAAUUCGUUUUUUUGAAGUGAUAUAUAUAUAUUGAAACUAGUGUUUGCUGUUUAGAUACUUCACUUUUAGUCUACUUGUUUCACACAUUUUUCAAGUCAUAUAUACAACGAUACACCCUGUGUUAAUUAAAAAUUUCUUUUCUUAACAUAACCUUUGAUAGUUAAUUUCUUUAAUAUUUAUAUAUUUGACAUAAAAACUUAAAAAAAAAUUAAUUUACAUAAUUUUUCUUUUAAUUAUUUCUAUAAUUUGGAUCUUAUAAUUUACGUUACCUUUUACUUAAAGUUAAAGCCGGUGUAGAUUUAUCCUAUUGAAGAUAAACUUGUGCCUGUUAGUGCUUUGUUUCUAUCCUUCCUACCAUUUUGCCAACAUCAGUUUGCUUCCCUUAUUCUACAUUUUUCUUCUACAAUCGAUUAAUUUCCUUUCUUUAAAUUACCAUUUUUACAAUACACAAACAUGUUCUGUUAUUAUGAGAACUUGUGACGAGUGAUCGCAGGUGUUCUCUAAAUAAUCCUUCAACCUACCUGUUGGUGAUUGCUACACUAUCAUUCCCACCAGCUAAUACAUUGUGUGGAUACAAUGCUCCUAGUGCCUUUAGCUAAAGUGCUCCUGUAAAAACAUCAAGUCCAUAAGUCCACAGCACCCUGAUGGUAAAUUAACGAACCACCUGCCAGAUUAUUCACCUGGUGAUCAGCAAACCAUUUCUUAAUCCUACCUGUUGAUUAAUGUCUUGACCUUUUUAAAAACAUAUUUUUUUAUUUCCUUUGAGAUUUAUCUCACUUUAGAUUGACUUAAUUAUAUCAUGUCUGUUAAACAAUAAAUCAAUACUUUGUUUAGCACCUUAUAGAUUGUUAAUAUUUUCUUGUUCUUUGUAACAUUCUUGCACAUUAGUUCUUUAUUCUAUUCCUAUCAAAAACAUUUAAUCAGAUACAGAAUGGUUUUGAUUUGUGUAGUAUGUUCAUAUUAACAUAUGAAACCACUAGUCAUGUAAUGUAAUGACUUGUAUGUAACUGUACAUCAAACGAAAGUCUCAAUAUAAACCAGUAUGUAUUGGUGUUAUGUAUUUUAAAAAAUAACGUUGGGAUAUAUAUUAUUUUGUUCAAUACGUAGAUAUUUAAAAAAUGUAGUUUCAAGGUUUUCACAUUUUUUUUUACAUUCUCUAAAAUUAAAAAAACAUACUGUUUUGUUGUUUGUAUUUUUAUGUAUGAAUUUUUUUUAGGUUUUUGUGAUUUUCAAUUAUUCUAUUUUAAUGGGAUUUUUUUGUGUUAACUUUUGACUAUAAUUUCUAUUCUUGAUUGUUUUUUCUAAUGUAGAAAUUUGAAGUUUGUGUAAUUUGUACAAAUAUUUAUUGUUUGUAGAAAUUUAUUUAAAAAAAAAACAACUUUCAUGAACAAAAAACCAAUUUCUUGUGGCACCUUUCUAUCAAUGAUGUGUAAAGAGCAAUAAUUUUUUUAAUUAGAACAUACAAAGACUUAAAAUUGUUGUUCCGUAAUAAUUCUAGUGAUGCAGUUAUUAAACAGUAGUAGUCAUACAUUUAUAUUCAUAAAUUAAAAUAAAAUAGAAUGAUCGUACUACUAAUACUAAAAUACUUAAUUGCAUUCAAUCAAUUUUCGUAUUUCAAUAUACUUCAAAACAUCUUUAUACUUCGGUAUUUCUAAUGGUACAUUUGCUUACAAAGUAGAGCUAAUAUAUUAUUAAUAUAUUAAAAAUAUAAAAAAUAUUUAAAUGCCUACUACUACAACAACAAUCCUUUUUUGCAUAAAAUCAACGUUCUUACUGAAAUAUACUUAGCUAUGCAGAGAAAUGUUUUCCUAACAUCAAAAUUUCUAAUUUUAAUGUAAAUUUUGAUACCUUUGUGAUUAUAAUUGUAAAUAAGUUCUACUAUAAGAAAUGUUAGUAAUUUUUUCUUAUAGUUAGAUGUUUCCAUGUAUCAAAACUUCAAAAUUGUAUAUAAAAUAACUGGGUUCAACAGUUUUAAUAUUUGAUGGGAGAUCUAAUCCAGAAGAGAUUAGUUACUGCACACAAAUUCUUUUUUUUUACUUCACAAAAGCAGACUAUUUAAAAAAAUGUGUACAGCUAAUUUUGCUAUAGGACACCUGAUGAAAAAAAAAAUAACAUGAAUUGUUGUACUUUCUUUAAUUGUGAUAUUCUUGAAGCUGUUAUAACAAUUUGUUAUUGUUGUUGUUGGGCUUGUACUGUUAUACUUUUUAUGCAGAUGUUGGAUUUUGUUUUUUAUGGGAUGUACGUCAUUCACAACUAAUGCAACAAUUCUGGCAAUAACCCUGUCCUGGCUAGGCAAUCAGCGUAUGUCAAUCAAUUACUGAGGUUUAACGUGUGAUUGGUGUGUGGUCAUUUUUGACCAUCUGUUGGGUCAAAUGGUUUUGUGGUCUGUGUCCAGUGAAAUCACCAUCAUUUGUUGACUAGCGCAGUUGUAUUGGCUGAUGUGGAAAUCAGGCUGGUUAUUUAUUUUGUUAUGAUAAAUAAUUGUUUUGUUUUUGGAUUGGCCAGUGUUUAGUCAGAUAAUUAAAUACGUUAGUCUUUAGCUCAUCAUCAUAUGUCAUAUGCCAGUGUUCAAGCUGACCACUUGUGUUGUCAUGUCGCUGUAUUAGCUAACCACCAAUUAGAUGUUCAUGUUGUGUUUUAGAUCCCCCACCAAAUGGCUUCAACAGAACCAACCUGUUAUCUAAGGCAGUCUUUAAGAUCCCAACCAUAUGUUUAAUCAGCUCACCAAUUCUUAUUUGGCAGUGUAAUCUCAUGGUGUGCCAAUGUUGAGCGCUGGCUGUUUGAAUGUUGAUUUCUGAGUCUUGUCAACACUGUACUUAAUUCUGGAUGAUUGUUUAGUUCAUGAUCUAUUUGAUGAUGGAGUUAAUUUUAAAUUUGAUGAUGAAGUAUUAACCAGAAGGCAGUGUGUCAGGUAUGUAAUUUUAUUGAUACUGUUUACUGUUAUUAUUCUGUACUGCCAGUUAGCACACCAUCACCCAACAUUAAGAACCGUUUUCGUCCAGUUGGUUUGUUAAAGGGUUAUACAAGAGUUAUCUCCCUACAAUUUAGUCAGUUUGUUUUGAAUAAAUUGAGGUUUUUUCUUGCCACAUUUUAGAUUGUCUUUUUCACUGAAAUUGAGUUUUAUAAUAUAAAAAAUACUCAGCUUGCUAAAUUUACUGAAAUUUUAUUUUA